AUGGAUCCCGCCACGAUGGGCGCGUUGAACGCGCCCCCUAUUCCAAAUGUCGACGGCAUAGAAGUGCAAGGUGAUGUGGCGAGUGAAGAGGAGAAGGAAGCGGACAGGCAGAGUUCAUUGGAAGAGAACAUGCACAAUCCUAUAGCAUAUUGGGCAUCGUACGGGCCACCUCCCGACGGCGGCCUACAAGCCUGGCUGCAGGUCCUGGCCGGCUUCUCAAUCUUCUUCAACACAUGGGGUCUCAUUGCGACCUACGGCGUCUUCCAAUCCUAUUACCUCACCCUGCCUACCCUGCCUGGCUCGUCGUCCACUAUCGCCUGGAUCGGCUCGCUCUACAGUUUCACGACGUUCUUUGCCUGCUUCAUCACGGGCCCGAUCUUCGACAGAGGUUACCUGCGGGCCCUGCUGCUGACUGGAACCUUCCUUCUUGUCUUCGCAUUCAUGAUGAUCUCGCUGGCAGAUCGGCUUUACCAGUUCAUCCUGGCUCAAGGCGUCUGCGCGGGAUUAGGCAGCGGCAUCCUCUUUUCGACCUGCAGUCCCAUUCUCGUACAGUGGUGGGCGAGACAUCUGGGUCUGGCAAACGGAAUCGUCGCCUCCGGAGCCGCUGUUGCUGGGAUCAUCUAUCCUAUCGCGUUCCACAAAUUGCUUCCCGCUGUUGGAUUCCCUUGGGCCGUCCGUAUCUUAGGAUUCAUUGCACUCACCACGUUGCUACCAGCAAAUAUUUUUCUGAAACGCCGCAUUCCGCCAGGAAAACCGCGUGCGUGGCUGGAUCACUCACUCUGGAUCGAUUGGCCCUUCAUAGCAUACAUGUGCGCGGCACUCCUUGCAGUCAUUGGCCUGUACAGCAUGUUAUUCUUCCUGUCCUCGUUUGUCAAGCAGCAACAUCUCCUGAGGGAGGACAUGUCGUUCUACAUUCUACCCAUCCUCAAUGCUGGCAACUCUGAUGGGCACACGGACGGGAAUGAGUCUGGCGUUCGCUGGGCUGGGAGCUUGGCUGGCGGACCAGGGGGAGGAAGUGUUCUGAGUUACGGCGGUGGCCACGAUUGGAAUGCUCUGUGGGUGUAUGGCGGACUGGCGUACCUAGCUGCUGGAUUGUGUUAUGUGAUUGUGAGACAUCUGCACCUUAAGCAGAUGAAGGAGGACAAGGAGAGGGAGGAACGGGAGUACAACAAGGAAGACGUCGAGCUAGAGGAGAAGAAACAGGAAGAGGAACAAAGUCCAGAGGGAAUGCCGGUGACAACGGCUGGGUAG